CACCCAUUGCGAUCCUAAACGCUGACCGCGCGGUGACAUGUUGAACGAGCAUUGUCGCACUCGCGAUAUAAGACACCCUUUAUUCGCGAAAAAAUGGCGACGAUGAGUUAAGUUCAACGCGAAAAUUCGCGAUGAAACCGUUCUCGUUUUUGGCCGUUCUGUAUUUCGUCGCGACCAAUUGUAUCGAAUGCGACGAAAAAUCAGGAUUCGAUUACGGAAAAGAUGUCAACGAGACGACGAAGGAGUCCUAUUCAGGACGAAACUAUACCGCUGCGAGGAGUGUUUUCGGGUUGGAUCUGCAGCUGAGUGACGACGUAUUGGCUAGCGCGGAACUCAGGGGUAAAAUGUGUUUGAAAAACGUCACCAAAUGUCUAGAAGAAGACACAGGCUACAGACGCACCACCGACAAAAUCUAUAGGCUCAUGACGUCGUCACUACCGCCGUUUGAUCUAAGCCGUGUCGCUGACGUCAGUGAAUCCUGUCGAAGAGACAGCCGAAUAUUUACCGAAGACCUCAAGAGUUUCAAACUCUGGGCUUUAAAAAUGUACGAUGCCGCCGCCAAAUUACCAUCGGGAAUAUUAAACGGCAACGUUAACCAAUUGGGCGAUUUCGACAUGUGUUUGGCGGCGAAUUUGGAAAGCCGGAACGUCAAAGGUCGGUACUGCCUGGCGUCCAUCGAAAUUAAGACGCCUCUGUACAGUCCGUACCUCGCUGCCCUACACAGACUCUUCCAGUCUCAUUACCAUUUCAAAAGCAAACUGGAAGAUCCAGGUCAUCGUGUGCCAAAGUUUUCGACAAUCAACUGGGCUCUGUGCGUGCCGCACACUUGCACCCCUCGCGACGUGGAACUCGGCUUAGGGGCUUUCUUUGCCGAUUUGAUGGGCGCAACUGAGCUUGAUGUCCGGUACGAGGUUAACCCCGGCAUGUGCCGCACAUCGCACCAGAGAACGAUACCCACUUCUACUCUGAUUGCAACAGCAAUUUUCGUAUCAAUAAUCGUUCUGGAGUUAAUGGCGACUUUGUACGAUGUCUACGCCUUCGGGGAAAAAGACAAGUGGAUCACUUCCUUUUCGUUCAAAAGGAACCUGCAGACGCUGACCAAGAUGACCCGCUCAUCGGGAGACAUAGAGGCGGUCCACGGUAUUCGAAUGCUAAACGCCGUGCUAUUGCUGCUAGCGCACAAGUCGAUGGCGUUAUUUUUCUUACCGUACGUCAAUCGAACCGAAUGUGUCGAGUUUCUUGCUCGGCCAUUUACUGUGCUGGGAAGGGCGGCCAGUUUGUACACCGACCCGUUCAUCAUGAUCUCGGGCACGCUGACGUCAUACGCGCUCGUGGGUAAACUGAACAAGACCGGCAGGAUCAACGUCCUGCGGGAAUACGUCUCCAGACUGUACAGGAUCGUUCCGACUUUCGCCGCCCUUAUCGCGUUCUGCACAUUUAUCUUGCCUUGGUUGGACGACGGACCGAUGUGGAACUCGGUGGUCACCCACCAUUCCGACAUCUGUAAACGUCACUGGUGGCGCAAUUUGCUCUUCAUCCACAAUUACUUUGGGUUCGAGGACAUGUGUCUAACACACACCCAUCAUUUGGGCAUAGACACCCAAUUGUUCGCGGUAUCGCCGAUUUUUAUCUACUGCCUGUGGAGAUGGCCCAAGAACGGAUCGUUGAUGUUGAUUUUGGUAGCGACAUUGUCCACUUUGGCCCGGUUUUACAUCACCUACACGAAGCGACUGGCGAAUUACGUCCAUUUUGGAACCUCGAUUCGUCAACUGUUUGACACCGCUGACAACAUGUAUAUUUUACCCGCCCACAGAGUGACGGUUUACAUCAUGGGGAUAUUUCUGGGGUACUUACUCAGAAACUACGGACACAUCAAUUUGACAAAGACUCAGCUACGAAUCGGCAACACCGUUGCCCUUCUCAGCUUUCUCGUGUCAUAUUUCGGAGCAGCAUUUAUGGGUAAAAUAGACUACGUGUAUGACCCGCUCGACGCAGCUUGGUACGCAGCCGUUUCGCCUAUCUUGUGGGUAGGGGCGUUUGCAUGGAUAAUUUUUACUUCCCAACUCGGUUACAAAGGCUUGGUGGGUAAAUUUUUCUGCAUGCCGGUCUGGACGCUCUGGACCAAAAUCUCGUACACGGUCUACCUGACCCAAUUCCCGGUGUUUUUCUACAACAUCGGAACAACCAGGUCAGUGCAGCAUUACGGCUUCUUCACAACGAUUCUCAACCUGCAAGAGUACUCGUGGGUGAUCGCGUUGUCGGUAGUGUUGAGUUUGGUGUUCGAGAUGCCGUUCCAAAAUAUCCGUAGUGUGUUGUUGGAAAAUAAGGACGCGAUAACUAUGAGAUAUGCACCCAACAGGAAGAAGACGUUGUAAUGGCUAGGUUGUCCCUGGUGCGGGACUAAUGUGUGACUAGUGAUGUAGACUGGAGAAUUUUAUUUUCAGAUUAGUAAAGUAUUUUUAAAAUAAACUUUUAGUAAAAGGA